AUGCCCCCCUCGCCGCUACCCAAUGACCCUGAGAAGUCGGCUGGACAGCAGAAGGAUGGCACGCCAGGCAAACGGACGGGCGCGACGGACAAGCAGGCCAACAACAACAACAUGAACGGCAACGACUUCGCCAAAGCGAUUGGCAUCAACAAGCCUGCCAAUGUACGCGACAAGAUCAAGAGGUGGCAGGUGGAUGUAGACCCCGAUGUGGUCAGCGCAGCGAAGGCGGGCGCAUCCGCCUCAGACAAUAGCAACAAGCCCACGCCCACGCCCACACCCUCGCCAAAGCCGCCUGCGACGCCGAAAGCGAAGCCCUUCGAGGAGAAGCCAAAUUGGACGCCAAAACAUACCCCGAGCAAAUCCAUGGACGUGAGCCCCGAGCGGCCAAACAGCGCAAAGAAGACGCCCGCUACGCAUAAUGUCCUCGAUGACGACCUGUUGACUGCGACCGCCCCGAAGAAGCGCGUCAUCAGCGACUCGCACUGGCGUAGCAAGCUAUCGCCGCCAAAAGACACCGGCCGACCCGCACCAAAGACCAUUCCCAACGCCUGGGUGCGCCCUUCGAAGAUUGUUCCCCCCAAGGCUGUCAAGAAGGUCAACGACGAGGAUAAACCCGCGACUCCGAGCACACCGCACACAGACCCACUGCUCCCACUGCUUCCACUAGUCGAAUAUGUCGGCAAGAGUACAGGGCAGAAAAAGCCCACACCGCGACAACGAAGACCGUCUAAGCCAUGCAGCUCGGAGAACGAACAGCGGCCAACGAGUAGUGGGCUAGGGAGCGGCAAGGAAGUAAAGAGCGAGGACAGCGCAGAUGCUCCAGCGUCGCCACCCCCAGAGAAGGAGAAAACAGAGAUUGUCAAGAUGCGUCGCAGCAGACGCCGAGCGAGAACAUCACCAAGGGCCUCGUUGUCAGCAGAUGAAGCCGCACCCUUCCUCCACAGACCGGCUCGAAAAUCCGAGACCUCCCUCAUUGAGGACCCCAUGAAUAUCGUUACUGUUGAAUACGACGAGAGCAGGGUAACAUCGCCUCGAGAAUACGAAAGAAGGGAGAGCAGACUCACAUCACCUCCAAACUACGACAGACGGGAGGGCAAGAUUACAUCGCCUCGAGACGAUGAAAUACGGGAGAGGCGACGGCGGAGGCGGCCGAAGAGCCAGGGCGAUAUCACGGCAGAAGCCCCACCCAAGAACCCCACACCCACGCGACGACGAAGUCGCAAAUCGUACCCCAGAUCUGACGAAGAGCAAGUUGUAACGCGACCUGCACAACCUGCACCGGAAACACCGCCGAACAAGCCGAUUGGGAAUAGACUCGAGGCGUGGCUUAGCGAAACUCCAGAUCCAUUCGUAGAUACAGGCUCUCGCCGUAGACGGAGAUCCAAGGAGUCCAUAUCAACCUCAGAACCACCCCCCGUAGAUACAAGCUCUCGCCGCAGACGGAGAUCGAAGGAGUCUGUAACAACCACCUCAGAUGUGACCCUCAAAGAAGACAGAUCAGACGUUACUGCCUCUACUGAAAUAACCGAAGAUAAACCAGUCGAAGCGCCUCCGUUACGUCGGACUGGAAGUGGCAGCAAGCGGAGACAACGGCGGCGCAGCCGAGAACUGGAGAUUGCCACCAAGAAUCUUGACGAGACGCCAUCCACUGUUGUUUCGGAUGACACGGUCGAGACAGCUACACAAGAAAACGACAGUCAAGUAUCACUCACUCCGACCCCAACGUUGAGACGUCGCGGCGCAAAGCGGAGUCAACGCUCACCUACGAAGAAUCGCUCCAUGUCAUCGCCUCUUCGCGAAAUUACAUCAGUGGACGAUGCACAUAGGUCUAAUGUCAGGGACACUGACGAAGCAUCGUCUGCCUUCUCUUCAUCGGUGGAUGCAUCAGCCAUAGACCUCGAAAACACCCCGGUGCUGCCCCGCCCACUUGGUGCCCGCAUGUUUCCAUCGACCGGCAAACGUCUCUCAACCAUUGUUUCAGAAGACUCUUUCGCAACCAAGGCGCAUGCUGCGCCUCCCUCUGAAGCAGUAGGUUCAGAAGUCUUCACAACAAUAUCCGAGGAAACUAGCACCUUCUCAGAAGUGACUGCAUCACAAGUCGGCUCGAGACUCCACGCGGACACGUCCACAAUUGUAAGCCGCAGGAGCACGAGGCGGAAGAGACUUGCCACUCAUUCCGAUUUGAUGUCGGUCCUAUCCAUGCCCAAGGCAGGAACGAAGAGUAUAGUGUCUGCUCGAAGCAUCCGCACAAACAGAAGUCGCUUGGCGACUGCUACUAUAAGCGACAUCAUGAAGGAGCUCACCUCGGACGAGUCAAAAUACAUGCGAGAGCUCCGCACCAUCGUCGACGGUGUCAUUCCUGUUCUCCUCAGCUGCGUCCUCUCUAAAUCCGACUCCGCCGUCGCCGCUGGACUUUUCUCCCGUUCAACAAACACUGACCCGAGUGAUGUGACAAAGCCUAUCGUCGACAUGGGUGUUUGUUUGGAGCGGUUAAAGACGCUGCACAAGCGCGUGCCUAAGGAAGACUCGGAUGCCUUUGUUUCUUGGGCUCAGAGCGCCCAUCGAGUAUACUCGGACUACAUUGCCGUCUGGCGCCUCGGCUUCCAAGACGUCGUAAUCAGCCUCGCAUCUGCCGAUGACGACCCAUUCAAGCCCGCGAGAGUUGUCAAUGGCCCCGAAGAUGGCGCUCCGUGGGAUGAAGGCAUGCCUCGUAAUGCCGAAGGUUACGUGGUCAAUGGCGACGGUGAACGUGUGGAUGUGGCAUACAUGCUCAAGAGGCCACUUGUGCGGCUGAAGUAUCUAGCGAAGAGCCUGAAAGGUAUCAAUCACCUGAAACCAUCAGAGUAUGCAGAGAAGAUCUCAAACACCUUUCAAGAGCUUGUAACUGCUGCACGGAAGAGGUCCAAUGACGAACAAGCCCGCCUUGAAGAUGAAGCCGCCUCUAGCAUCGAUCCCACGCGUGCUCGUGAUCCUCGCAGUCUAGCUCCUCUCGCUGGUGUGCGAGUCGACCCUACUCGACGCGUACGAGCAAGAGAUUACUUCGAUAUGCACUUGUAUCAUUCUAGCGGCCAAGAAGUCAGUUGUCGAAUCGAGAUACUACUACGAGACGAUGCACCAGGCACGGGUAAGGGUGGGGACCUGUUGUUUUGCGAAGUGGGCCCCACGGGACGAUGGCUGCUGCUGCCGCCUGUGCAGCAGAGUCGGGUAUCUGCUCGCAACGGUGACUUAAAGGGCGAAAUCAUGGUCAUGAUCCGUGGGCUUCAAGCAGAAGGAUCUGAGUGGUGUGAACUCAUGUCCCUCACAAGCGACGAUGAACAAGUGGGGUUUGAAUGGGUGCAGAUGCUCGGCCUCAACCCGAUACCUAUACAGAUCACCGAGAUCAAAAAGAACCAAAGCACACCGAGCAAAGCACCACGACCCACGAGUAGCCCUACAUCUUCUUCAUUGUUGUCGGCAGCGACGGCCUCUACCUUGCCAAUGAAGAGCAGAACACCAAGUCCGCUUGAGAUCGAAAUCCCUAUUGGUGAACAGCACACCGAGGUGUCCAAGGUAUGGCGCUAUGAUACACCUGACCGACACUUGCAAUCUCGCGGUGGAUCACCAAUUACGCCGCCUAGUGGUGAGAGUUCUAGAGAGGGUAUGACAAACGCUACGGGCAGAAACUCACCACGAGAUAAGCACAUGCGUGUCGAAAGCUCACAGGCAACAAACAAGUCUCAGGAAGACCCUAAUCGCACACCACGUAGCCUCAAUGAAGCAGUUCGAAUGGCUGGUACUGGUUCUCCAACUAAUCUUCAGAGGCCUAAUACGAAGAGACCCUCUCGAUACGGCACCACGUCACCGAGUUCAUCACGGCCACUGCGCCAGAUCACACUUGAUGAUCCAGCAGAGCGCGAUGAAGCAUCUCAGCCCGCUGAAGAGGAGGUCAAGCCCCGCAGAAAGUCUACCAAGCGUCGACCUCAAUCUAUGCCAUCAUCAUCCUCGGUAGUGUCUCAGUCAAGCACUGGAUUCAGCGUGUGGAUGCCAUCGUCCGACGUAGACCUCUCGGAUGAGUCUGACGAGAACCGAAGAUCUAUCGACGAGGAUCCAGUCUCGCCUCCUGCAUCGCCUCAGCGUCCCCAGAUGCAUAGGAGAGUUUCUUCCGUACCUUCACUAGAUCUCCCCAGCAUUCCCAAGCUAAGGAAGACAAGCCAGCCAGUCACACCUGUUAAAAGCACUGAAGUCAAGCCCGAGCCAAUUCCAGAUGUGUCCUCUUCUGCGCCAGCUAAGCUACAAAAGAAGAGGCGUGAACCAGUGGCCGAGGAGAACGCACGACCCCGAGAGCGGGAUGACAAGCCACCACCUGUACCAGCGCACCGAUCACCCAGCCCGGCAACACCACUGAAUGAAACCAAGACGCCUGUUUUCACACCAACAUUGCCGGGUUUCAAGAAUAAGCGUCGCUCCUCUUCCCCCCUUAAACACGAAUAUGAACCCUCUACGUGUACCGAAACAUCUAGCGAGAGCGAUGAAGAAGAGGCUUCGGAUGAGGAGGUUGACGAAGAAGACCAGGAAAGCCUUACUUCUGAGUCAUCAGAAGACGAGCUUGACGAUGACGUGCCCAUGCCACUAAUGCCAGUUGGAUACGCAAGACCUCAUGGCUACGCCGCACGCUCACGCUCUAUUGGGAGAGAUACCGGACGCCCUAGCACGGCAGAAAAGCCAGAAGAUGACACUAAGAAGUUCCCCAAGGUUUCACCCCCAGCAUCGAUCUACACCUUGCCGAACGGCACCAUCACGCCAUCACAGUCAGCCUCCAAUACACCCUACCGCGCAGUUCCUCAAGGCUCAGGCCAAGCGGCUAAGGCGAUUGCAUCUAUCUUCGCAUGGUCUGACGCAGGACGAUGGGAGAGCCUCCAUCCGGACGAAUGCAGCGUUGUGGUCACGCCGGGCAAAAUCGCGGUCUUUGAAAUCACAGCCGACCACUCCAAGCCUUUCAUGGCCGACGGCGACGAAAUCGUCCAGCCAGAAGGACGUGCUCCCCUUGUUGCGGUUGAGCUUACCCCUCUGGUACCCCUACGCAAAUCAACGGCCAUCGACAUCUCCAUUCGCUCACCGCCUACCGCAGAGUCACAGAUCAGGACCGGAAACAAUAUCAUGUUGAGGAGUCGCAAUGCAGCCGAAUGCGCUCAACUGUACGCCAUGAUCAAUCAAUCGCGCAUCAACAACCCCACGUACAUUGCUCUCCAGAACGCUCGUGGACCAUAUGGCCAGACAAGCUGGGCGGAAACUAUGGAUCGUCAAAACGCAGCCAGGACAGCCUCCGGAUCCUCUUCUGGGUGGCUUGGGGGUACUCUGGGCAGGAGAAGCAGCUACCGAAAGUCAGGCACACGUGCUGCUUCCAUCUCUGCGGCUACCGAUUCAUCUGUCGGCACGAUGAAUACCGCACUCCGCUCCGCCCUUAGUCGCUUUUCCUUCAGCAAGAAUGGUGUCUUCAACAUUCGUAACUCAACACUCGGGUCGCGCAGUACGGGAUCGUCCUUCGAUAGCGGCGAAAAUUCAUCCCCGGGCUCAGGUGCAUCUACACCAAAUGUCAUCGGCGAGACAGGAAGAGCGCCAGGUGCACCCGCAGGCAUUACUAACACGAAGUGUCGACUGUAUGAACGCGAGACAAUGAAGAAAUGGCGCGAUAUGGGUAGUGCGAGGCUGACAAUAAUGCUUCCAAGCCCACACUCGAGCACGCCUCCCUCGCCGACAAAUCAACUGCAGCGAGCUCCUGGUCACGGAAGUCAUACGCAAGAACGUCGUAUCGUAGUGACGGGGAAGACCAAGGGCGAAAUCCUUCUCGACGUCACACUUUCUGAAACCUGCUUCGAGCGCGUAGCACGAUCGGGUAUUGCCAUCUCCGUUUGGGAAGACGUCAUUGGUGAGAACGGAGAAGUGGGGUCCGUUGCGAAGACUGGUGGCGUGUCAGGCGCAAGAGCGAGAGUCUUCAUGGUCCAGAUGAAGAACGAGAGAGAGUGCGCUUAUUGCUUCGGCUUAUUGGGGAGGCUGAGGUACUGA